AUGAUAAAUACUACUAAUUCGAAUACUUCUCGACAACUUAUUUACGGCUUGUUACUUGGUGUAAUACUUACCUUAUCUACUAAUUCGUUGAGGAGAUGGUUGAGGCGAAAAAACGGAGAUAAAUUCAACGGAAACAAACGUGAAUUAAAUUCACCUCGACGACCUAGUGAUGUAAUAAGCGAAGAUAUCGUAGAUGGUAUAGAAGGAUUAAUAGGGAACACGCCAUUAAUGAGAAUCAAAAGUUUAAGUGAUGCUACUGGAUGCGAGAUUUUGGGCAAAGCCGAAUUUCUUAAUCCAGGUGGUAGUCCAAAAGAUCGAGUAGCUUUAAACAUGAUAAAGGAGGCGGAAAGAAAAAAACUUGUAAAACCAAAUAAAGGAUGUACCAUUUUUGAAGGCACUUCUGGAUCAACAGGAAUAUCAAUCGCGAUGAUAGCAAGGGCAAAAGGAUAUAAUGCAUGGAUUAUUAUGCCCGAUGACCAAGCAAAAGAAAAGUAUCAAAUAUUGGAAAAAUUAGGAGCUACAGUGGAAAAGGUCAAACCUGCAAGUAUCGUAGAUAAAAAUCAAUUCGUUAAUUUAGCUAAGCGCCGAGCUGAAGAAUUUGGAACUAAGAUAAUUAAUGAAGGAGAGGGUACUGGAGGAACCAUUGCGGGAAUUUCUCGUUAUCUUAAACCGCUCAUACCUAAUCUCAAAGUGUUUCUUGUUGAUCCUCCAGGUUCCGGGUUAUACCAUAAAGUGAAACAUAAUAUCAUGUAUUCACCUUGUGAAGCCGAAGGAACUAGAAAGAGGCAUCAAGUUGAUACUGUAGUAGAAGGUGUUGGUUUAAAUCGUAUAACAAAGAAUUUUAAUAUGUCAACCGGAAUGAUCGAUGAUGCGAUUCGCGUUACGGAUGAAGAGGCGGUGUCUAUGGCAAUGUAUUUAGUUAAAGAAGAAGGCCUUUUUGUUGGUAGUUCAUCGGCUAUUAAUUGCGUUGGAUGUGUAAGAGUGGCUAGGCAAUUAGGACCCGGACAUCGUAUUGUGACCCUUCUAUGUGAUUCUGGACAAAGGUUGGUUUAA